UUUUGUUGAGCACAGCAUCAUGGAGUUGUGUGUGAUAAGAACAAAUCGAGGCCUAGUUAAGCCAGGGAAGGAGACUCCCUUGAGCACACUAGAUUUGUCAGUGAUCGAUAGGUUACCUGUUCUAAGAUGCAAUGCUCAAACCUUGCAUGUGUUCAAACACGGUCCUCAAGCAACAAGGGUGAUAAAAGAGGCCCUCUCCAAAGCACUCGUUCCCUAUUACCCUCUUGCGGGGAGACUCAAAGAAUCGGAAAUAGGGUGCCUUCAAAUUGAGUGCUCAGGUGAUGGAGUCUGGUAUGUUGAAGCAUCUUCUCGUUGCACACUUCACUCUCUUGAUUUCUUUCAUGAUCUUCACUCUAUUCCUUAUCACGAUCUUCUUCCUGAUGCUGUUCCCGAGACCCAAGGCAUCCAACCCCUCGUGCAAAUGCAGGUGACACAAUUUAGUUGCGGGGGUUUUGUGAUAGGCCUCAUAUUCUGCCACAGCAUAUGCGAUGGUCUUGGUGCUGCACAGUUUCUAAAUGCAGUAGGGGAACUAGCUAGGGAUCUUGAGAAACCUAGCAUUGAACCAGUGUGGCACAGGAACUUCUUUCCACCUUCUCAAACCCCCCAAAAAACUGCAUUACCACCAACACCACUCGCUCCUCCUCAAAUGCCAGACUACAAACUACAGCAUGCUAACAUAGACAUGCCCCUGGAUCAAAUCAACCGUCUGAAAAGAGAAUUUCAACAAGUGACUGGACUCAAUUGCUCGACCUUCGAGAUUGUUGCAGCAGCAUGCUGGACCAGUCGAACAAGGGCCAUUCGAUUCGAGCCAAAUACGGAACUGAAGCUAGUUUUCUUUGCAAAUUGCCGUCAACUGUUGGACCCAGCUCUGCCCAAUGGCUUCUACGGCAAUUGUUUCUUUCCAGUGACGAUCACGGCUUCGUGUGAGUCACUUAGAAAUGCAACAACGGUUGGUGUGGUGAAGCUGAUACAAGAAGCGAAGGCCAAGUUAGGCGUGGAAUUUGACAAAUACUUGAAGGGCGAGCAUUUGAAUAAUGGAUAAGACCCUUUUGCGCCUCCACUCACCUACACCACUAUGUUCGUAUCUGAAUGGGGAAGGCUCGGAUUCAACCACGUGGACUACCAGUGGGGCCCACCCGUCCACGUGGUUCCCAUCCAAGGGUCUAGCAUUAUACCAGUUGCCAUUGUGGGGUCCAUGCCUCUUCCCAAGAAAGGGAUUCGUUUGAUGACGUGGUGCGUGGAGGAGGCACAUCGCGUUUCUUUCCUCCAUGAGAUGGAUGGGGUGAUGAACGAGGGACUGAGUAUGUAAAUAGGAGAAGAUGAAGGGUUCCAACAAAAAUUAUAACUUUUCUGCUUUUUACUCUUCUGUUCGGUGAUGUUGCCUUUUGAAAUAAAUUGUAAAUUCCGUGAAGUUUGUUUUAAUAUGAAAUUGUUUUUUAUCUAUUAAUAUAUGGAAACU